AUUUCCAUCACAAAUUAGCAACACCGCUGAUUUCCCCUCCCUUUUCCUCCAGCAGCCGAAACCCCAAAACCCUAAACCGAUGGCGCCGCCCGCCCCCUUCGCCGGUGCUCGCCUCCUCCUACGCCGCCUCCUAUCCACGGCCACCGAAGCGGUGGCGGAGGCUGCGGCUCCCCCCGCCGCCGCUGCCGCCAAGGCGGCGAAGAAGAAGGACCCGCGGCCGCUCUACCGCCGGCUGUCGGCGCUGGGCAGCGCCGGGGAGGGGAGCGUGUCGCGGGUGAUGAACAAGUGGGUGCGAGAGGGCGGCGAGCCGCGCGCCGACGAUCUCGUCAAGUACGUCAAGGAGCUCCGCAAGUACAAGCGCCACACCCACGCCCUCGAGUUAAUGGAUUGGAUGGUUAAUGCAAGGGGUAUGAACAUGUCACUCACUAACCAUGCAAUACGUCUGGAUCUCAUCUGCAAAGUUCGUGGCAUUGAGGCAGCUGAAAAUUAUUUUACUGGCCUCCCUGAUCCAGCCAAGAACCAUCGAACUUAUGGUGCACUUCUUAAUUGUUAUUGCUCAGCAAAAAUGGAAGAUAAAGCAACAGAUCUCUACCACAAGAUGGAUGAGCUUGGCAUCUCAUCCAGUACGCUACCCAUCAAUAAUCUGAUGUCCCUUUACGUGAAGUUAGGCCAGCAUAAGAAGGUUGACAGCCUGUUUGAGGAGAUGAAAGUGAAGAAUGUUAAACCAGAUAGCCUCACAUGCUGCAUUCUGAUGACCAGUUAUGCAGCAUCAAACAAGAUAGAUGCUGUUGAAGAACUUCUAAAAGAAAUGGUAGAAAAAGACGUGACUCUAGGGUGGUCAGCAUAUAGCACACUCGCUUCUAUCUAUGUAAAUGCUGGUCUGGUUGAAAAAGCAGAGUCUGCUCUGAAGAAACUUGAGGGGCUUAUUAGUUCUAAUGAUGGCAGGCAACCUUUUGAUUUCCUUAUGAGCCUAUAUGCUUCAGCUGGUAAUUUGAGCGAGGUCAAUAGGGUGUGGGACGUGAUAAAGGCCAAUUUCUCUAAGGUGACCAACACAAGCUACCUUGGCAUGCUUCAAGCUCUUUAUAAGCUCAAUGAUUUUGAUCGCAUGAACCAGAUUUUUGAGGAGUGGGAAUCCAAUUAUGAAACCUAUGAUGUGAGGCUGACAAAUAUGAUGAUUCGCAGCCAUCUGAAGAAUGGCAUGACUGAAGAAGCGGAGUCGUUGUGGGAGAAGGCCAAGGAAAAAGGUGCAGAUUUUGACUCCAAAACAUGCGAGUUGUUUCUUGAUCACUACAUGGCUAAGGGGGACAUGAACACGGCCCUGAACUGGGUCGAGAAUAUGACCAAACUCCCCAAGAAAGCAGGGAAGCUCGAUCAGGAUAAGAUCCACAAGUUCCAGAAGUAUUUAGAAGAACACAAGGAUGCCGAGGGUGCUGAGAGGUUCUGCAACUGCCUGAGGACGCUAGGGUGCAUCGACGGGAAAGCAUACGAGUCCCUCUUACACACAUACUUGGCAGCCGGUAAGAGGAGCCCUUCACUCCGUCAACAGAUCAAAGACGAUAAUAUUGAGAUCUGUUACGACAUUGGGAAGUUACUCAAGAGGAUGGGCGACAAGGGUCGAUGAUACACAUUUAUCUUCAACCCCAAUUUUACUUCAGCGAUUAAAUCUUAACUGAUCCCUUCCACGAGCAUCAGAAAGCAGAUGUGAUAAGAGGCAACUGUUUUGGCUAUCUUUCGCUGUUCCAUGUAAAGGAUAGCUCAUGGCUGGGUUGGUGUUCCAGCUUUUGGUGCUCUUGCAAGAAGCACUCCGGAGCAAUCAGAUUCUUCCAAGUGCAACGUGAGGUCUUGUCUACUAGGCUUUUUUUCUGAUACUUCUUUUUUACUUUUCUUCUGAAUGACAUUGCUGUUACAGACUUGCUGUACUAGAGCAAGAAUCCUACUACAGAGUCGUUUCCCUUUCCAUGUCUUGCGGCCAGUGUGCCAUCAGUUUGAUACCCUGACAAUGAUAUGUUCAUGCUCUCC